AUGACUACACAUAUACCGAUUCACAUACCCUCCAUGGUAAAAGAGAGGCCAAAAUGGACCAAUUUAAGAUACCCUGAAGUCAUUCCCGAAACUGAACUAGGGAGUUUUAUCUUUCCUGACAUGAGAGCCUUACAUAGACUGAAUGUGGGACUAUACCCUAAUAUUGCCUAUGAGACAGUAAAAGUGCAAGGUUGCGAGAUUUAUAUUGUAGAACAAUGGACAGCCCAAAGAAAGAUGUCUACCAUUAUUACUUCAUACACAGGUAACUCGCAGGAUGAGGUGACUGGUGUGAGAGUGAUCCUUCCUAAGGAUCCGACUGAAUGGCCUGGCGUGUUUAAGACGUAUUACAAAGAGUUGAUGGCAUCAUGUCAUCCCAAAGUUAUUAAUGGUAGUACUCUAUUUAUAACAAAUCUGUCUUCCAUGUCAUCAUCGUUAUAUUUAAUUCAUGUGGAAUGUGGGGAUAUUAGAGAAGUUUGGGAUAAUUUUAAAAUUAAUUUUGAUUUGAAAAGAUUACAUUGUGGUGGACGUCAAGGGCUACUUUUAAAUGGGAUUUCCAAUGCUGCAUUAGAAAAGUUCUCUCAGGUAUAUAAAAUUCCCGUCAAGAAGGGAUCUAAUAGUGGAAAUUCAAACUCUGAUAAUGAGGAGGGGAAAAGAAAACAAAAUGAAGUAGAUCAUUCGCCUGAUGAAACCUCCGAUAUUCAAAAAAUGAAUGCAUGUACUUCUCCAGUUAUCGAACUGGUGACAUUAGUCCAAUUAUCCCUGAGUUAUUUUGGGCUACUAGACUUUAAAAUACAAAAGAGUGGUUUAUUCUGUGAGCAAACGAAAGGUGCAAUUGAGGUGUGGUGGAAACGUUAUGGUAGAACAUACAUGGGUAUCAAUAAACCAAAAAAUGAAACGACCUUGGGUCCCACUACCGUGGCAGCCUUGAUAAGUUUAGUCCUAAGUUGUUAUUUCAAAUUGAUGGUGGAAGAUUGUAUAUCUUCUAAGGAUCCUUUUGAUGAGCAAGGAUUUUACUCUGGCAUUUAUACUUUCCAAAAGAAGUAUGGGAUGUCACAAACACAUAAAUCGAUUUACUUUGAUGAGGAGACAGUAGAAAGAUUAUUUGAAGUGUCGGCGAGAAGUUCUAACGCCGAUAUCUUCAAGUUUAAGAGGGUUGUCAAGUCCAGGGUUCAAGAUAUGGCCGGUAUGGGGAAUUUUAUGCAUUUGUCAAAUGAUGUAUUAACGACAGAUCUUGAUACAUUGGUGAGAAACAUACAUUCUGGUGCAUUAGCCUCACUUUGGAAGGGUAAAGGACGUUCCACUAGGGAUAUUAAUAAUGGGUGGAGUAAAAGGCGGUUUUUGGAAACUAAUUUUAAUAAGGGUAAUCCAGAUGAGUUACUGAAGAAGCAGAAACUUUAUCAUGACAAGAAUAUGAUAGAUACCGCAAUUAUAAAUGAAAAUUCACCGAGGACGACUACAAAUCUGGAAUCUGACAGCGAAGUUUAUGAUUCCAAACCCAAUGAAAAGGAGAGUCAAUUGGAAAGCACAAAUGGAUCAGGUUCCUCCUUAUCUAUAUCCUCAAUGUGUGUCAAUUAUGACAAAAAUAAGUAUCUCCGAAGUCAUGAUCUUAACAUGGUGUACCAAAAAGAAUUCUAUAGAAGGAAAUCUAUUCCAUUUGUCAAUGAUGGGCUAGAGCCAAUAAGUGUACCAAAUAAUGAAAGAAUAGAAUCUAAACAACCAAGACUACAUAGAUCGACCUCUUUAUCUCAGAUCUCAAAUGCUGUUGAAGUAUGGGAGUUGCCAUUUGAUUCUUCAGUUGUAAGAAUGGCAAGAGAUUUAAGGAAAGUGCAGAAGCAGGUAUCGAAGCAAUGUUGUCCUUCCACGAAAGAAGAUUAUGUCAUUGAUGUCGUUGGGUCUCAAGAAAAAGUGUUCCACAAUCCGGAGGAAGAUCAACAAUUUAACAAUCUUCUAAAGCGAUUGCAUAGUGAUAUCGUAAAAUGUUCGGAAAGUAAUGAAGCAUUUGACCAUGUGCAUGAUGAUAUUGAAAAUAAGCAUAAUUACUUAUUAAAGGAAAUGAAAGAACUAAACUCAUUGAAAUCCAAAUUAUGUUAUAACGUCAGGAUCAUGAACAGGAGAAUGAGGGAUGUGGAAGACAGUGUCCAGGAAUUUGAUCUCAAAUUAAACAGAUAUAGAAAGCUACUUCUGGAACAGCAGCCAUCUGUUACGCUUGCCAUCGAGACGGCAGAUGAUGCAUUGGAGUUUGACAAGUGCAUGAGAAAUCUUAUACACAAUGAAAAGACGAAAUACGGAGGAUUCUGCUUCAAAUUACUGGAGAAGGAUUUCUUGUUUCAUAUGAUAAAAGACGCUAUGGAUUGGGGGAAGUGGAUUUGUAAGAAAUUCUCAUACAGUGCUGAAUUAACUAGUAGUUCUGAUUGA